UCCAAAGAUCAAAGUUUCUAUGUUCAGUGUUGUUUGGUUACCUGUUUCUACCCAAGCUAAAUUAACACAAUGUGGCAAGCCAAUUUUUUUAUCAUAAUGUAUGCAACUCUGGGUUCAUUUUACCUAGGGAUAACUACAAAAGCAAAUAUCGCCUUUGUAAAAUCCAGUUCAGAUGGAUAUUUUGGGAAGUUAAUUUUUGAAAGUGAUUCAAAGCUGAUCUCGCAUAAAAAUAAGGAAAGUGAUAACACAAAUCCACAAGCGGUGCUUGAGGAUACUAAAGGAUACCAGUCUGAUGAACCUGCUUCAACAGCCUGGCAUGAGAUGGAAUCAAAGCUGAUGCAGUUGAAUCCCACUGUGUAUUGUGGUGGUGAUGCCAUGACUCUAAAUGUUCAAGGAAGUAUUAUGGCCAACUUCAUGAUUGAUGGAGAUGAUGGUCCAGUUCCAGUGAUGCAGAUACCUGCCAAUUGUGGAAUCUCAGUGACUCAGAGUUCCACAGAGGCUUUCCUUACUGUACCUUAUCAUGGCUGUUAUGUUACCCAACAGGAAAAUGGUCAUGUUCUACCACUGCGUUUAGGGGAAACGCCAAUGAAAAUAUCUUGCCAUAUGCCGCCAUAUGAUCCCCCUAUUGUUUUUUGCUUUGCAUCUGGGAUGGUGGCUAAAAUAGGUUGCAGGUCUGCAGAUGUUCUUAAAAUCAAGGUAAAUGGCAAAUGGGACCCAUUUAUACCAGCAAGCAGCAAAUGUGGCAUCACUACAGAAUAUGAGACUGAUGGAGUGGUGGUCACUGCACCACACCAAAGCAGCUGCUGGCAAAUUAAGGGUGGUAAAAAGUUUCUGUCCAUACAGUAUGGCAAUGAGGAAUUUGCACUUUCCUGCCUUGAUUCACAGAACCCUCAUCCAUAUGUUGUCUCGUCCACAAUUGUGCCUUAUCAUAGUUAUGAGCCUAACAUAACCCCUCCUACAGAUAAUAUAACAACCAUAAAUAUUGCAACUGCUCCAGGAGGCCUUGCCAGAAAGCUAAAACAGCCUAUGCUUUAUCCUUUUGGUAAAAUGUAUUACAGACAUUCAUGGGCAAAUCCUAGCAGAAAUCUUCUAGCAGGAACUAGUACUGUCUCAUCAAUUACUUCUAGUCCUACCCCAACUCCUGCGUCUACCAGUAAACCUAUAGAUAUGAUGUAUCCUUUCCCUCUGAUAUCUUAUCAGUUCUUCCCCAUGUCAUACAGUAAGCCUGUGCCUGAUGGAUAUCCCUGGACAUUUCCUUCAAAAUCACCAACUGUUACCCCAACAGGUGCUCAAACCGCUAAAACUCCAACAACAUCCCAAACAACAGCAUCUACUAUUAUGAGUAGAAAACCCCAACCAUCUGCAUAUCCUUUCAGUCAGAUAUAUUAUCCAAUUGGCGUCAUGCUGUACCAUCCUAGAUUCAUGCCUUAUGGCUAUCCUUGGGCUCCUUUAGAAGUACCCACUACUGCCACAACUACAACUAGUAAAACUGCAACAUCUUCUCAAACUACUACAAAAUCCAAUAUUUUGGCCAGUAAUCCCAAGUCGUAUGCAUAUCCUUUCAAGCACAAUUAUCAUCCAUUUGGUCUAAUUCAUAAUUAUCAUAAGCCCAUGCCUCAUGGAUUUCCUGCAAAGGCUCUCACUACUGUUCCAACUAAAACUGCUCCAACAACCGUAGCUGCAACAACUGCCACAACACCCUCCAUCGUAGACAGUAAUCCCCAACAGUCGGCAUAUUUUUUCAAUAAGAUGUAUUCUCCAUUUGGCCUUAUGCUGAAUCGUCGUAAGCCCAUUCCUUAUGCCUAUCCUUGGGUUUUUCCUGCAAAAACACCCACUACUACCCCAAUGGCAAAUUCUCCAACCACUACAACUGCAACAACUCUCCAAACAACUACCACAUCCACUGUGGUUUCUAGUAACUCCCAACAGCCUGUGAAUUCUUUCAGUCAGCUGUAUUAUGUAUUUGGCCCUAUGCCUUACAAUCGUAAACCCAUGACUCAUCGCCAUCAUUUGGCUUUUCCUGCAAAAGUGUCUACUAUUGUCCUAACCAAAACUGCUCCAAAAAUUGAAACAGCUGCUAAAACAGCAACAACUUCCAAAACAAAUGCCACAACCUUGAGCAGUGAUAACAAUGACCUUCAGCAGCCUUUGGAUUCUUUUAAUCAGUUGUAUUAUAAAUUUGGCCCCAUGCAUUGCUAUCAAAGGCCCUCACAUUUUCUUGGCGAUCCUUUGGCUUUUCCUGCAAAAGCCUCCAAUACUGCUCCAAAUCAACCUACUCCCACACCUAAAACUGCACUUUCUGUAGUAAGUAAAACUUCACCUGGCAUAUCACCCAUUGCUAUGUCUAGUCACCCCAAACAGUCUGCAGAUCCUUUAAAUCAGAUUCAUCAUCAAUUUGGCCCUGUGUCAUAUUAUAGUAAGCCCAACCCUUAUGGCUAUCCCUUGGUUUUUCCUGCAAAAAUACCCAAAAAUGCCCCAAGGUCUGAAACCUCAACAACUGUUGCCACUUACCCUCAACAGUCCAUGUAUUCUCAAUUUAACUCUAUGCGGUACCAGUAUAAACCUGCACAUCAUCUUGGCUAUCCUUGGGCUUUAACAGAAAAUGCACUAACAACUACUUUAACUGUUCCAACAGCGAGUGCCACAACUACUACUUCCCCUCAAAUGUAUUAUCCAUUUGUGCCCAUACAUUUUACAAAACAUCUGGCACCCUGGAUGUACUAUUAUAAGCACAAUCAACUUCAAAAAGGCCCAAAACAUGUAUACACAACCUCACCUUCUCCAGGUGCCAUUAAGCACUCAAAAUAAUCUAUAAGUCCGGCCUUUAUGUGAGUUUCACCUUCACCUUUUAACAGACAACUGCCAGCUUUAUAAAACCUUGCUACAUCAACCUCUGUUAAUUUUUUUUUUUGUACUACAAACAAGUGUUUGCUGGUUUAUGUGACACUGUGUAUUGUGUGUGUUUGUAUAUACUUCAAUUGCUGUUCAAAACACCAUUCAUCUAUCUUAUAUAGCCUUCUAUAUCUUCUAGUUUCAUAUUUGUAUUUCAAUAAAUUAAGCAAAUUAA